AUGGCGUUGGUCCCCAGCAUCAUGCCGCUGAGCGGCGACGUCAGCUACCUCCGGUGGAAGGAGUCGAUGCUCCUGCUCCUCAACACCGCCGGCGUCGCCCACGUGCUCUCCGAGGACCCGCCGCCGCCGGGCGCCUCUCCCGAGGCGGCCAGGAAAUGGGCGCGCGACGACGCGGUGUGCCGCGGCCACAUCCUCGCGGCGCUCUCCGACGCCGUCUUCCCCAACUACGUCCGCCACGGCACGGGCAGGGCGGCGUGGCGGGCCGUGGCGCGCACCUACGACGUCGGUGCGCCCUCCGUGUCGUGGCGCAGGUUCACCGAGUUCGAGUUCAGGCUCGACGGCGGCGGCGGAGCCCCGUCGUUCCUGGAGCAGCUCGCGCACGCGGAGGCGCUGGGCGUCGCCGGGCAGCCGUCGCGCCGCGACCUCGUGGACCAGGCGCUGGGCCAGAAGCUCCAGCCGGACGUGGCGAGCCGCGCCGCGGUGGUCCUGGGCGACGGGAGCGUAAGCGUGAGCGUGGACAAGGCCUGGGAGGUCGCUCGGAUCCGGGAGAGGAACCGCAUUUCCGAGGAGGACGAGCUCAACGUGCAGGCGGCGAUGGCGGAGGAUGAAGAGAAGGGCUGGGUCGCAGGUACAUCAGGGUACGGUUCCAGGAACAGCAGGGCCUGA